AUGAGUGAUACAAAUCUAGCCAAAAUAUGUUUGCCACCCAACACUACACAAAUUUAUCCACCCAUUAAUUCCACACUUGUAGCAAUUGGAUGGGGAUCAUUGGCUCAAGGUGGUUCCUUAUCACCAACACUUCAACAAGUGACGCUUCAAGCAGUGUCCUAUUCUAGUAUCGGCUGUCAGUCUCUCGUGUAUGACACAACAAAACAAUUCUGCGCUACAGUCAAUGAUAGUAGUAAAGGUAACAAUCAAAAGAGAAAGAUGUUUAUGUAUUUUUUAUGA